CAUAACGCUGAGCCACAUCUCACAGACGUCCAACCACAAUCUGAGCCGUUUCCUGUGCGGCUGAACAUUCUCUGCAUCUAUGAUAAAGAUAACGUUUCAUCUUUGUGCAUCGGUCACAUUUCCUUCUAAGGUUUUUAGCCUUAGAGGUGGAGCUAAGUCACACACACACACACACACACACACGCACAGCUGUCUGAAUGUCUGGAAUUGAACGGGUGUCUCUUUCACAGCGCAGAGAAACAGAAAGACCAAACAAGAUUAUUUGGACGUUUUUUCCUUUCGUCUCUGAGCAAAAACGGUCACGUGAGGGACUUUAUGUCAGCCAUGACCCAAAACAACGUGAAUGCCACCAUCUACUGCCCCUUGAUUGAAGUGGUGAGGAACAACAAUCAAACCAACGACAACGCCAAUGCCUUAGUGGUUUGCUUCCAUGGGAUCUUCUCAGCCAUAGGGAUCUUUGAAAACGCUUUCAUCAUCUGGAUGUUGGGUUUUCGCCUCAAGCGUUGCAACACGGCCUCUGUCUGGGUGCUGAACCUGGCCCUGUCGGACUUCCUUGCCACCCUGACGCUCCCACUCUUCACUGUCUACUUUUACAAUGACAACAGCUGGGAGCUUGGAGAACCACUGUGCAAAAUGCAGUCGUCCAUCUUUUACCUGAACAUGUUUUUCUCAGCCUUCUUGCUGGCAGUCAUUUCCCUGGACCGCUUACUUCUGUUGGCCACGCCGCUGUGGAGCCGGCACCAUCGGUCAGUGUCCGGAGCCUGGAAGGUGUGUGCACUGGGAUGGCUGUGGGCCGCAUUAAACACGACCCCUUACUCUUUGUUUCGUGCAGUGAUUGAAAAGGAGGGUGAACACAAGAAAAAGCUGUGCUAUCACAACUUUGCUUUGUUUUUGUCCUCUGAUGAGACGUUGGAGAGAGACUGCAAUGUCAGACAAGCGUCCACAGCCAUCUCCAAAACACUGCUAGCUUUUAUCAUCCCUCUGGUGAUAAUCACAGGAAGCUACAUCGUGGUCACCUUCAAACUGAGAGAAAUGGGUAAGAGGAAAAGGCAAAGCACCAGAAGGUUUUCCGAGAUGAACUUGAACGAUGUUAAAGAGUCAGGAGAGAAAUAUCUCUCUGCAACCAAGCUCAGAUCAAGUUCCACACCUCCCAACACUCCUGCUCCACUAGGGAUACCCAAAAGCUUCUCAAGAAUGGUGAAGAUUCUGAUCGCAGCAUUUGCACUCAUCUGGGCUCCUUAUCACAUCGCCUGCAUGCUGGAAAUGAUGGCUGAUGCAGGAAAUGCUUCCAGAGUGGUGGACAAGUGGCUUCCCGGAGCUGCAACGUUUUCCUUCUUAAAUCCUCUGCUGAACCCCGUUCUGUACGCCUUCAGCUGCCCACAGUUCUGUGUUCGGAUCCGACAGAGUCUGGCGUCUGUGUUUGAAGGACUCCUGCAGGAGGAACUGGGGGGAUGCAAAGAUCCUGGGAACUCUAAUCGUAUCUGACCUGCCUCCACCUUAAAGAGUAACUAAACCCCUAAAUAACUUUAUUUGUGUCUAAUUAACUGUAUAAUUGGGUCUUUACAAAUGCAAUCUUUCUGUUUCUGUGCAUUUUUUUUUACAUGUUUGUGUAAACUUUAGGUCUAAACACGUCUCAGUGCUGCCCCCUGUGGCAGAACAGCAGCUACUGCAUUUUAAACUUGUGAUUGGCUGGGACUGGAACAAUUUCACGUCAUGGGAACACCCCCCCCCCCCCCCC